AUGACAUCAGCAGGUGAAAAACAAUAUUAUGUCCUUGCACUUAUAAAAAAACUCUUCGAACAUCUUCCGCCAACCAUGACCGUCGGUAUCUUGUAUGAUAUUGCAUGUCAGCUCGAGCGUAGUUGUCUAAAAUACCAACUUCUCGAGCAAGGUGUUCUCUCAUGUAUCGUAUUUUCUAUAUCUGUAUUUCACGCGUACGGACAUCAGUGGCCUUGUCAACUUAUUUAUCACCCUCACAAAUGUGAAGGGUUUGGACUUUCUGACGGAGAGGGCUGUGAGCGCCUGUGGAGCGCUCUCAAGAUGUUGAUCCCCCCCUUGCAGGUCUCUGGGUACCACCAACGUCUUUUUGUGCUGAAUGCACAAGUUCGCCAUCUUGAUGGCAAAAAUCUCGAUACAUUUGGUGAGUGGCUGAGUCGCAGAUGGACUCAUUGCCAGACAAAGAAGAGCAGUGCAGAACAUGCGCUUCGACAACUCUCUGUGGAUGAGGCUAAUAUACGCCCGGAAUGGAGGGCUCAGGUCGAGCACCAAACGAAACCAUUAUCCAGGAGAUCAAAAACCAACAAUGACGAGCAAAUAUCAAAGAUUUUGACCCUCGAGCGAACACUCAGUAACCUGGACGAUUCCGUUCGUGCUCUUGAGAUGCAGCUCUGUGCUGGCAACACUCUUAACAUUGUUGACUUCAACCUUCGACUUGCAGACGAACGCACCUACCGGUCCAAAGCGGCCCUCGGCAUCAGGCAACUUACCGAUCUUCAACAACUCCGACGUAGUAUAUUCCUUCAAAUUCGUCUUGAUGCGCAAGCUGUCAAGGCACGCCUUCGUGAACGUCUUCGCCAGCGCAAAUUUGAAAUUGAGAGGUUUAAACGGUCGUACCGUCAGACAGUAAAUGGUAUGUAG